GUCUGCAAUAUAAAAACGUGAAGGCAUUAUAAUGACGACCCAAACGCAAAUUAUCAGCUGAAUGAAAUCGAGGCUGAGCGCAGAAAAAACAUGGCGUCCAAAAAGAGAGAGACUCGUGGUCCAAAGUGGAAUUCAUUCGAGCUUAAACUGUUCGCACUUGUUCUUGCAGACGACGAAAAUGACUUUGCACUUACAUUGGAGUCUCUGGCACUAAAAAAAUCGGCCAACAUUCAUGUAUUUGAAAGUAUAAAAAAAGAAUUUGAUGAAAAGCUUCGAACACAAACGUUGGCAACUACUGAAACAACACAAAAUGAAACUGAGCAACCCUCUAAGUCCAGGAAAAAAGAAAAGCGAAAGACGAUCGAUACGUCAAUACCCAAGCUACGAGCAAAGUACAAAUGGAUGAAAGACAAGUGGAAACAAUACACUGAUAGAGCAAAGUCAGGAAGCGGGAAAGCAUCUUUCGACGAACCGGAAUGGUUUCACAUCAUAGACCCUAUACUAUCUGAAACCAACGCGAAAUUAAAACUUGCUACAAAAGCAGAUGAUCUGAACUCCAGUCUAAGCGAAGAUAGUGAUUAUGCUAAAAGUGACGAUGGGAAAGAAUUCGAAAGUAACAAAAUACAACUUUCAACAAGAGAUCUGCAGCCAAGUCCUUUAUCAAUUGGGUCAAACACCUCAUCUUUUGAUGGGACAGAAUCAACAAACCUGGAUCAAACCUGCUCCUCAGCAGAUGAGGAUGAAGGCAAUAACAGUUCUUCCAAUGCUAAAGAAGUAUCAAAGAAAGAGGCUGUGAAGUCCAGUGUAUUUGUGCAGCCCAAAAAACGUAAAGUGACUUCUCAAAAGGAUGCUAUUGCUAAACUGGCAUCCAGCUUUGAUAAUCUCCAAAAAUCACAGGAAAAACGCAUGGAAAUGUGGGCAGAAGCUGAACGAAAGAGAGAAGAAACUUUUCUACAGUAUCAAGAAAAACAAGCAGAGUUAAACAGACAGCAUGAAAUGCAACUCAUGGAGAUGAUGAUUCGCCUACAGCAUCCUGUCCAACACCCUUUGCAACCACAGCAAAAUGCUUCACCUUGGGUCAUACCUGAUGUUGCAUAUCCACUGAGUACCUUUAAUGAAGCAUCCUCUCCUCAGCCACACUAUACCAAUUUGGAUGGUUUUAAUAGAAAGGGUUAAAAAGGUUUAAAACCUUU